GCAAGGGGCUGUGGGAACUUUAGGCUCCCUAGAAAGGAGGGCAGCCCCCCCCUCUUCCCCAGCUGCGUUUUCCCUCCGGUUUGCUGCUGCCCCCCCCCUAAUUUUGUGCCCCCCCAGGCCGAGGUGUGGCUGUUGGCGCGGGCGCAGGAGGAGGGCUGGCGGCGCGCGGAGCGGCUGCGGGAGCGACGGGCAAAGGAGGGGCUGCUGGGGGCCCUGCAGAGCGGGCACUGCGCCGUGCUGGUCGAGGUGAACUGCGAGACCGACUUCGUGGCGCGCAACGCUGCCUUCCAGCGGUUGGUUUGUGACGCCGCCAUGGCUGCCAUGGGGCACUGCCACAGCACGGCCCCCCCCGCCUCCUGCACGAAGCGUUUCCUGAGCGCCGCGGAGCUCUCGCAGCUGCGGAUGGAACCCGGGGGGGCUCUGCUCAGUGAGCGCCUCGCGCUGACCAUCGGUGAGAAGGCUUGCUGUGUGUCCCCCCCCGUGUCCCCUCUGUGCCCCCCCUGUGUCCCCGCAGCACCGCGUCCCUCCCACCCCAAACUUCAGCAGUGUCAGCUCUGUCCCCUCUGGCACUGGGCUCUGGCAGUGUCCCCGCUGUGUCUCU